AUGAGGGCAAAAGGAGUAAGCACCAGGACUGACCGCGCGCUGGCGACGCAGCCGGUGCUAGGAAAAAUGGUGGAGGUGCGACAUGCGGACAUCACAAACAAGAUGACAGACCACUGGUGUGCGGUGGUGGUCGCGCUGGAGUCGUCAGCGGCGGCCGAUAGGGGGCCUGGCAUCUGGAGACUGAGGGCUGCUCAAUCAAAGAAAAAAGGGAUCAGGAAUCGGGUGGAGCGAGUGCUCAAGGAUGCAGGCGGGGACCUCGGCAAGAUGUUGCCCAGGCACAUGGAGAAGGAGGUGAAAAUCUACAGACAGCGGCUGUUGCGAAGCCCGAACUGCAAGCGAACGGGGACAAUCCUGCUCAAGAAAGAGGAGUUGCUUGACGCGUAUGAAAAAAACCACCAGGAGAAGCUGCAAGAGUGGCUCGGGGUGAAGGCGGAGCUGGUUGGGGAGACGACAACCGGUUUUCUGUCUAGGAAAGCGAAAAUGCGCAAGGCCAAGACGGAGAUGUCAGCGGUGAAUUUCAAGGGGGUAACUCACUCGGGUGCGAGGGAGGUGCUGGUGGCGGCGACUGAAUUUUUCAAAGACUCUUUCGGCGGGCGUGGGGAGGCAGGCUCAAGCGCGUUGGAGCCAAGAGUUAUGUGCCGAACGUUGUGCGACGGCAGCCGGAAUGCGCUCAGUGCACCGUGGUCGGAGGAGGAGGUCCGGACGGCGGUACGCGAGCUAGCUCCAGGGAAGUCGCCCAGGCAGGACGGUCUUCCCAAGGAGCUGUUUGAGCAUAACUGGGACUUGCUGGGCCCGGUAAUGGCGUCGAGGCUCAAGAGGGUUCUGCAUGAGGUGAUCUCAGAGGAUCAGGUGGGGUUUUUACCUGGACGGAAGCUAGCGGACGCUGUCGCGGUGGUAGCGGAUGCGAUCGAGGCAGGAGCCACCGGAAGGGAAGAUUGGUUCCUCCUGAUGGUCGAUUUUCAUAAGGCCUUCGACUCCAUCUCGAGGCCUUUCCUCUUCCGCACGUUACGAGAAAUGGGGGUUCCGGAGAUCUUCGUGUCUUGGGCGGAAGGCCUGCACACAGGAGCAGGAACGAGGCUGCACAUUAACGGGUGGACAGGAGACCGAGUUGCGGUGGAAAGAGGGGUGCGGCAAGGCUGCCCACUUGCACCAUACCUUUUUCUGUGUGCGGUGGAGCUGCUCUGCCAGGAGUUUGCGCGGCGGGGGCUGGGGAUCGGCGACGGCGGGGCGGAUAGGCUGGCGUAUCUGGGGUACGCUGACGACACGUCGCUCCUGCUGAACGGGGAAGAACAGCUGGCUGAUGUGGCUGAGGCGCUGGAAAACUUUGGGGAGGAAGCAGGGCUGAAAGUAAACAAAGUCAAGACGGUGGUCUUCCCGCUCGGGGUGAAUAGAGGGAAGUCCCCGCUGGCGGGCCUGCAAUACAAAUGGGCCGACAAGGAUGCACCGGAGUGGCUGUUGGGCAUCUGGAUUACUCCGAACGGUGACUCGCUUCUGUCCUGGGAAAAGGCGUUGGAAAGGGCGCGUAAGGAGUUAGCCAAGUGGGAGAUUCAGCACCUCACAACAACAGCGAGAGUUACGAUAAUCAAUGGGUACAUCUCGCCCAUCUUCAUGUUCCAAGCUUACAUCUACCCGCCGCCAGAAGAGAUAUGGACCAAAAUCAAGAGGAUAUGCCACAACUUCGUGUCCGGGGGCGAGGCGACAGAAGAAAAGGCCUUCAUUCUUUGGAACAUAGCGGUGCAGAACGUCGGGCGCAUGAUGCUGCAAGCUAACUCGAUCAAGAAGUGGCUGACGGAGCGGGCGGCGGCGAUGCCUCUGGGCCCGGACAUGAUUUACGCCCACCAAUCCCUGCUAAAGCACUGGACAGAGGGAAGCAAGCGGUGGAAGGGUGUGGUGCAAUCUUUCUGGAAAUCGCCCUUCUGUGUCACCCCGGAGCCGGAGAAUCGGUGGGAGGUGGAGCGAGAGCAGUUGGCGUUCAACAGACGCAUACCUUCCUGA